AAAUUGUUGAGAAAAGAUUAGUUUUCAACUUUACAUUUAUGGUUGAGUGGAGGAGUGGGGGAAGGAUAUGGUGCUGAGAAUAAGUGCUUCUUUAAUUAAGCUGUUUUUGAUUAGGUGGGAUCGGGUGCAAUAAUUUCUUCCCUACCCUGAAUUCAUGUCACUUACUAUCAAUACUAUACUAUCUCACUUCAAUAAUACAUGAAAGGAGACAACAAAGUAGCUGUCCUGCUUUCACUUCCAAACAUAAAUAUCCAUGUCAUGUUUUCCUACGAAAUUUCUUAAAACCACAAAACACUUCAACACAACUCACAAGAAUUCUGAGUUUUGCUACUGAAAAUAGUACUACCGACCUCAAGUUCGCUACACUGCUUAUCUUUUACGAGGUAUAGUCCGUUUUGGAUCCGAAACUAGAAACUACUAGUUAGUGUUUUAAGCUUAGAAUCCACAAUGGCGAUCCGUUUACAUCUACGCCUUCACCGUCUUUUGCUCGACGCGGAUUCAACUUCAACAAGUGACAUGAAUAGGCCAAGAGAAACUUUCACAGCCACAGGUGAUUCAAAUUUCGACACCACCAUGGUGUUUAUCUUAGCAGCUUUACUUUGUGCACUUAUUUUUGCAUUAGGACUUAACUCAAUUGUAAGGUGUGCUCUAAGAUGUAGUCACAGAUAUGCUUUCGAGACACCAGAUGAAACAAUUGCUCGUUUAGCUUCAAAGGGUUUGAAGAAGAGUGCUUUGCGUAAGAUCCCUAUAGCUGUUUAUGGUUCAGGAGGUAGUACUAGUUUUGCAGCUACAGAUUGUCCAAUUUGUCUUGGAGAGUUUGUGGAUGGAGAGAAAGUUCGAGUGUUGCCAAAAUGUAACCAUGGAUUUCAUGUAAGGUGUAUAGAUAGAUGGCUGCUUUCACACUCCUCUUGUCCUACUUGUAGACAGUCUCUGAUUGAGUAUCCAAAUCCAACUAGUUCUUCUGAAGGUUCAUCUUUAGUUGUGAAUGUUGUUGCUGUGGCUGCAGGAACCGCAAACCAGCGGCUUUAAAUCAAUGUCCGUGGUCGCAUUUACUUGAUAUUGCAUAGAAUCACGAUUGGUUUUAGAGACAUCAAAAACCUAGAUUACUUUUUCCGAAAUCCUGGUUUGUAGCCUUCAAGGUAUAACAUUAAAUCUUUUGAAUGUUUGUUGUCUGUAAAUAGAUUGAAAGGACCAUUGGGGUGACAUUUUGAAUAACUAGAUGAAACUUGGUUAAACUUCAGAACUAAAUUAAGUAGAAAAUUGUGUACUUUAACUUUUUUUGACUACUAUGUUACCUUGUUGUCAUAUUUUAUCUGAUGCGAUACUCUUAAUCUUAA